GCGCCAUGCAGGCCCUGUCCCGUGUGGGCAGCCUCGCGCGCCGCGUCCGCGCAUCGCACGUCGCCGCCGCCCCUUCAAAGUGCGACGGCUGCGCGCAGCGGCGCAGCGACGUCGGGCAGGGGCCUUCCGACGCCGUCGACCCGCUGGCGCGCCGCUCGUUCUACCAGCGCGAGCUGCCCGAGCGGCUGGUCUCCUUCUCGUCGCGGGAGGGGAAGCGGCGCUUCCUCGAGGCGGUGGGCGGCGGCACCGCCGAGGGCUACUUCCCCCUCUCGGAGCAGUUCAUCACGCAGGGCGAGCCGGCGUUCUGCGGGCCGUCGUGUCUCGCCAUGGUGCUCAACGCGCUGCGCAUCGACCCGAACACGACGUGGAAGGGCGGGUGGCGGUGGUACGACGAGCACACCCUCGCCGCGAGCUGCUGCAAGCCGCUCCACGCCAUCACCGCCGAGGGCAUCACCCUGGACGAGUUUGCGGCGCUCGGCCGCUGCCAGGGCGCGCGGGUCGAGGUGCGGCCUCAGAAGAGCGGCAGAACAGAGAAAGCGGUGGGGGCAGCAGCAGGAGUAGCGGCAGCAGCGGUGGGGGCAGCAGCAGCAGUAGCGGCAGCAGAAGUCGCAGCAGGAGCAGCAGCAGCAGCAGCAGCGGUGGGGGCAGCAGCAGCAACAGCAGCGGCACAACAGAGAAAGCGGGUCCGGGGGUGGCCGCAUCGUCCCGUCUGAUUGCGCACACACACGCAUGUGUAUGCCCGGCGAGGACGCCCACGGCGCGGACUGUCUCACAGCACCGCGCACCGCCGCCGCCGCCGCUUCCGAGACACCCCCGCUUCCGAGACACCCCCGCCCGCAUGCAUGCCCAGCAGCCGCUGCUGCACCGCCGCCGCCGCUAGACACCCCUGCAUGCAUGCAUGCCCAGCCGCUGCUGCACCGCCGCCGCCGCUAGACACCCCUGCCUGCAUGCAUGCCCAGCCGCUGCGCGACCUGCCCGUGCAGUCCCUGGACGCUCUGCCACGGCACACCUUGCCCGCAGCCCUCAGACUGCUCGCCGGUGGGCCGCCCAGUACCACACCUCCAGAGUACCGAACCCGGUGUGCGGGCUCCGUGUGGGUUCAGGUACCGUGGCGGUGCGGUGGACAGCGUCCUGCUUCUCAC